AUGCUUCCAGAUGUUGGGCUGAGGGAGAUGUGCAUGUUCUUGUCCUUUAAUGUGUGUUUGUUCUUUCCUCCUCAGGCUUUUGGAAACGCUAAAACAGCCCAUAAUAAUAACUCCAGCCGCUUCGGCAAGUUCAUUCAAGUCAACUACCAGGAGAGCGGGACCGUCCGGGGAGCGUAUGUGGAGAAGUAUCUUCUGGAGAAGUCCCGUCUGGUGUAUCAGGAGCACAACGAGAGGAACUAUCAUGUGUUUUACUACCUGCUGGCCGGAGCGAGUGAAGAAGAAAGAAAAUCAUUUCAUCUUCUCCAACCAGAGGAGUAUCAUUACCUCAACCAGAUAACAAAGACAGUCCACAGACAGCACUGGGGAAAUUACUAUGAGACUGAGCUGGACUGUUUCGCGGUGGAGGGAGAGGAUCUGAAGCAUGACUUCGAGAGACUCCAGCUGGCCAUGGAGAUGGUGGGCUUCCUUCCCGCCACCAGGAAACUAAUCUUUUCUUUGCUGUCUGCGAUCCUUCACCUGGGGAACAUCCGCUACAAGAAGAAGACGUACCGAGACGACUCCAUCGAUAUCUGCAACCCGGAGGUGCUGCCCAUCGUCUCGGAGCUGCUGGAGGUGAAGGAGGAGAUGCUUUUCGAGGCUCUGACGACACGCAAGACGGUGACGGUGGGAGAGAGACUGAUUGUGCCGUACAAACUAGCUGAGGCAGGGACGGUGAGGGACUCAAUGGCCAAGUCUCUUUACGGCGCUCUGUUCGACUGGAUCGUCUUCCGCACCAAUCACGCGCUGCUCUACAACAAAGACCUGGAAGAUUCGGCCAAGAUCCUGUCCAUCGGCGUGCUGGACAUCUUCGGCUUCGAGGACUACGAGAACAACAGCUUCGAGCAGUUCUGCAUCAACUUCGCCAAUGAGACGCUGCAGCAUUACUUCAACCAGCACAUCUUCAAACUGGAGCAGGAGGAGUAUCGGUCGGAGGGCAUCAGCUGGCACAUGAUCGAGUACAUCGACAACACGGCCUGCAUUAACCUCAUCAGUAAGAAGCCCACAGCGCUGCUCCACCUGCUGGACGAAGAGUGCAAUUUUCCGCAGGCGUCCAAUCAGACUCUGCUGGACAAGUUUAAGCGUCAGCACGAGGGAAGCGUCUUCAUCGAGUUCCCGGCCGUCAUGGAGCCGGCGUUCAUCAUUCGCCACUACGCCGGCAAGGUCAAAUACGGCGUCAAGGACUUCCGUGAGAAGAACACGGACCACAUGCGUCCGGAUAUCGUGGCUCUGCUGAAGAGCAGCCGUAACGCGCUCGUCUGUGGCCUGAUGGGCCUCGACCCCGUGGCCACCUUCAGAUGGGCCGUGAUCCGGGCCUUCUUCCGCGCGCUCGUCGCCUUCCGGGAGUCCGGGACACGGCACACGGAGAAGAGGUCGAGCACCGGUUCUGAAGGUCCAGUUCAGACUCAGAAGAGUGUGGACAGCUUCAGCUUCCUCCAUCACCCUGUCCACCAGCGGAGCCUUGAGAUCCUGCAGCGCUGCAAAGACGACAGAUACAAUUCGUGUAUCAGCAGGAGGAGUCCGCGGACGCCACUGUCGGACCUGCAGGGCUCAAACACACUCGGCCAGAAACUAUCCAGGGACGUUAAAGGCUCGAGGUCCUCGUUCUCCUCUCACGACGAGGAGGGAAUCUUCGUGAACACUGUGAACAACAAGCUCCUGGAGCGAGCGCAGGGAAUCCUGAUGCGAAACAAGAACUACAAGACGAAGCCCAGCCUCCCGAAGCACCUGCUGGACGUGAAAUCGCUGAAGUAUCUGAGCUGUCUGACGCUUCACGACCGCAUAACCAAAUCACUCCUGCACCUGCACAAGAAGAAGAAGCCGCCCAGCAUCAGCGCGCAGUUCAACGUUUCUCUGAACAAGCUGAUGGAGACGCUGGGACAGUCCGAGCCGUACUUCGUGAAGUGCAUCCGCUCUAAUGCAGAAAAGCUUCCUCUGCGUUUCAACGACGCGCUGGUGUUGAGACAGCUGAGAUACACUGGGAUGCUGGAGACCGUGAGGAUUCGGCAGUCUGGAUACAGCGUCAAGUACAGCUUUCAGGAUUUUGCUCAUCAUUUCCACGUGCUUUUACCCGCUGGAUUUCCCGGCGCUCAGUCGGCCAUCAGACAGUUCCUGCAGAGCGCAGAGCUCGAGCCGGACGGGUAUCAAGUGGGCAGAAACAUGGUGUUUCUGCGAGAGCGUCUGCGUCAGAAGCUUCAGGACGAGCUUCAUCAGGAGGUGUUGAGGAGGAUCGUGUGUUUGCAGAGACGCUUCCGGACGAAGCAGGAGAGAAGACACUUCAGCCGGCAGAGACGAGCCGCACGCCUCAUUCAGCGCUGGUGGCGUGAGUGUCUGACUCGCGCAGACGAGUGUGUGUGUGAGCCGGAGCUCCAGCAGAGGGCAGCGGUGUGUGUUCAGGCGUUCUGGAGAGGCUUCAGAGACAGACGUCAGUACCGGCAGCAGAAGAGAGCGGUUCUGCUCAUCCAGAGACGCUGGAGACGAGUCCUUCAGACGCGCGCGAGAGAGAGAGCGGCAGGCCUCAUACAGGCCGUCUGGAGGACACACACACUCAGACACACACACACACUGAGACACAGGGCCGCCGUCACGCUUCAGGCCGCCUGCAGGGGGCGCCAGGCUCGACAGUGGUGCCGCAUUCUGAGAGAUCAACGAUGCGGAGAGAAAACCAUCGAUGGCGGAGAGCAUCUAAACACUGUGACUAAAAGUUUACACGCCCCUCAAAACUCAAGCGUAGAGCCGUCCGAGAAGCUCGAGGAAAAGCAAUCCGCCGAACCUCCUCGAGCGGUCGACGACAGCACGCUAAAGAGCCGAUCCAAGCGGGAAAGCAGGAGGCAACGGGAACUCGAACAGGCCACGUUCAGUUUAGAGCUUCUCAAAGUCCGAUCCGGUUCAGUGUCGAACUCAGAACCGGACUCCUCCGCUCAAAUCCCUCUCUCCAAACAGCUUCCUUCGUCUCCUCAGGCCUCCACGGAUAGCCAGGAAAGCUUUGAGGAGUUGGCCCAAGUUUCGACCCUUCAAAUGAGCGAAAAUAACGCGACUAAAGAGAGAGAGAGAGAGUUGGAGCAAGUUUCCAAACCCGAGCCGAUGGAGGAGAACCAAACCAGCCCGGCGUCCUUCAAACCUCACUUCUACAUCGCUGAUGAGGACGGCAGUCCGGUUAAGAGUUCGCCGACCCGCUCGGAGAAGAAGGAGUCAGUGCUGGUCAUCAUCAGCAUGCAGAAGGAGAGCCCUGUAGACCUGGACGCUCAUCAUGACCAUCAGAUGGAAGCGGAGGACCAACAGCUGGAGCUUCUGCUCUGCAAUGAUCAUCCCGGCGGCCAUUCGACCCCUGAACCUCAAAGCAAUCACGGCUUGGACACUUCGGCCUCCUCUAAAACCCUCCAGCUGGACUUGAGGGAAGCAGCGUCCACGAAGAAGGACGUCCAGAAGAAGCUUGUGUCUCAAAGCAUCAGCAUAAGUAUGAAGGAGAAAGCUGAUCUGGCCUUCUCUCCCAAGCGCAGUCGUCUGACCUUCUCCAAGUCGGACAAAGACCUGGUGAAUCAGGAGCGAUCCCUGGCGAUCCAAAGAGAAGCGGGAUUCAGAUCGCUGAAACACCGAGAGGUUGUAGGAGCCGGCCGUAAAAAGAAAGCGCGUAUGGCCGGGACUCGCUCUGAUUUCUUGAGCCGGGCCUGUAGCACCGAGCUCGAUUCUGACGAAGAUGAAGAUGAUGAACACGAGGACACACCCGUGCUCUCCCGAACCGGGCCUCUCCCAGAAUCCCCCAGUUCUCCUGACUCCGAGCCGGCCUGCCACAGCGACUCCGACAUGUCGUCUCAGAAAGAGCAGAAGAGGAUCCAGAAGACCAUGUCCUCGGGGGACCUUGGGAAAAUGGAUUCGCUCCGGAAGUCCAUGUCUCACACAGAUAGCAGGGUCAGAGGCAAAAUGCGCUUCUGGAGUAAGAGCAAGCAUGCAGAUAAGAAGAUGUCCAGCAGGGGGCGCUCCGCCGACUCCGAGCUCAACGACACGAGGAACGACUCCCCUGCUGGAAGCCCAGUGCAUGCUGGUCUAUCUGAGCGCGGACGGGACAGCAAGGAGAACCGCGAGCCGAUGCUGGGAAUGAUGUCGAUGAAGAGGAGGCGCAGUGUGAAGAUCAGCAGUGUGUCUCUCGAAGCCUCGGCUUGGCAGAACGACUCGCUGCACAUCCUCACCAGCACCGCGGACUACCGCAGCAUGAACGACUUCCUCAUGAAGAAGAUCGGAGAUCUGGAAGCAGAGGACGGUCAGAAGGAUUCGCCUGUGGACGUCGUGUUCAAGAAAGCCCUGAAAGAGUUUCGCCUCAACAUCUUCAACUCGUACUCGACUGCUCUCGCGAUGGACGAUGGCAGGAGCAUCCGCUAUAAAGAUCUCCACGCUUUAUUCGAGCACAUCUUGGAGAAGAGCAUGCGUCUGGAGCAGCGAGACUGGAGCGAGUCUCCUGUCAAAGUCUGGGUCAACACCUUCAAAGUCUUCCUCGACGAGUUCAUGACCGAACACAAGCCGAUGGACGGAGCCGUUAGCAAGGCUCCUAAACCUGAGAGGAAGAAGAGGAGGAAGAAGGAAUCAGACACGGUGGAGGAGCACAUGGGUCACAUCUUUAAAUCCACUCAGUACAGCAUCCCGACGUACUGUGAGUUCUGCUCCUCUCUCAUCUGGAUGAUGGACAAAGCCUGUGUCUGCAAACUCUGUCGCUAUGCGUGCCACAAGAAGUGCUGUCUCAGGAUGACCACCAAAUGCAGUAAGAAGUUUGACCCCGAGCUGUCUUCACGGCAGUUUGGCGUAGAGUUGUCUCGUUUAACGAGCGACGAGAGAGCCGUCCCGCUAGUGGUUGAGAAACUCAUCAACUACAUCGAGAUGCACGGGCUUUACACCGAGGGAAUCUACCGUAAAUCUGGAUCCACCAAUAAAAUCAAAGAACUCAAGCUGGGUCUGGACACCGAUGCGAACAGUGUGAGUUUAGACGACUACAACAUCCAUGUGAUCGCGAGUGUCCUGAAACAGUGGCUGCGUGACCUUCCGAACCCCCUCAUGACCUUUGAACUUUACGAGGAGUUCCUCAGGGCUAUGGGUCUGCCGGAUAAACGUGAGCUGGUUCAGGGAGUGUAUUCGAUCAUCGAUCAGCUCAGCAGAACUCACCUGAGCACACUGGAGAGACUCGUAUUCCACCUGGUCCGGAUCUCGUUCCAGGAGGAGACGAACCGCAUGUCUGCGAACGCGCUGGCCAUCGUGUUUGCCCCCUGUAUACUGCGCUGUCCCGACACCACCGACCCGCUGCAGAGCGUCCGGGACAUCGGCAAGACCACCGCGUGUGUGGAGCUGAUCAUCUGUGAACAGAUGAGGAAAUAUAAAGCUCGUCUGAAGGACAUCAACACACUGGAGUUCGCAGAGAGCAAAGCCAAGAGUCGCCUGACACACAUCCGCCGCUCGAUGAAACCAGUACUAAUCGCGGUUAGGUUUAUUGGCAUUACAAGAACUGCCACGCUGGGUAAAGGGCGUAUUCGCAAAAGCGGUCGCCACACGCCCUCGCCGCCACUGAGCCCGCGGAUGACCGAAGGGGAGGAGCCAAGCGAGGAGGGGGCGGAGUCUGGGCUGAGCGAGCAGCAGCAAGCCGCCAUGCAGCAAGAAGAGAAAGUUUUGACUAUGCAGAUCGAAAACCUGCAGAAAGAGAAGGAAGAACUAACCUAUGAGAUGUUGGCUUUGGAUCCCAGAGCGUCGGAUGAUGAGAUGCUGGAGUCGGAAGCGUCGAUCGGGACAGCGGACAGCUCGGAAAACCUCAUGGAGGCGGAAGGGGCCAUGUCCGAUCAAUGGGACAGAAUCACCGGCGCGGUGUCGGCAACACGCUGGAGGAAGUCCGAGUCUAAAAGCAGACGUGGUUUACGGCGUCAGCCCGAAUCCCUGGACUCUGUGGACUCGGCCGUCGCCUCGCUGUCCUCCGAGACGCCUCACUAUCGGCUCCGGUCCUCCUCUUCCGGCCCUCUGUUUUCCUCCGCCUCUUCCGGUGGGGAUUUGCACAUUCUCCCCGACCAGGAGGGCUUAGAACAGGCUUCCCUGAACACCCGAUGUGCCUCCAGCUCCGAGAAAACCCGUCCACGACCCCGAGGGAACCGAAGCUGCCCGCCAAAGCCCCGCGAGGACGGAGGCGUCCGCAGACGAGAGCACGAGUUCGGUUCUUCUCAGCCUUUAGUGCUGUACGGGAGUAAUGAAUUCAUGGUGUGAUCAUGAUGGUGUCCAACAUUAGCUGGAGCUGGUAACGCAAAAACGCCAAUAAAAGUCUGAGUAACAUUUGAAGUGAAAGAGAAAAGCUUGGGGAUCAGCCUUUCACAGUCCUGUUAAUGAACAAAAUGUACGGUGUAAAGAUGAACGCACCCAUAUCUACGACCUACUGACUGUAAAGUGGACCUGCUGGACCGGUCCGUUCUUCACAACAGAUUCUAAGAAUAGUUGAACUGGGAAAGAGCGAUUUUUAAUCAACCUGUGAUGUCCAUUUUCAUGUUUACAGAACUGAGCCAAUGAGAGGUCACAUGACUUCAACUGACUGCAUGCCGUAUUGCUACCAUUGUUUUCACUCUAUGAUUAAAACCUUUGAUAAAGUGCUAAAUAUGUAAAAUAAUAUUAUAUUAUUGAUGAGGGUCGAAUGAAUGGUGUAAAUAGCUGAAAUCCCUGUGCUGCUGGUUGACCCGUGUGAAAAUAACGUCUUUUUGUGUUGCGGAUCGAAAACUUGUGUGUCUCUGUAUGUUGAGUU